GGUAUUAUGAAUUUAAUGCUUUUUUGUGCGUGUGUGAAUUUCUAUAAUGGUGUGGACAAGACUUUUAUUUUGGUUUGACGCCCUGACGUCACAAGUCUGCGCCGCGCUCCGUGCGUCUGUGACUCUGCUGCAGAGAGAGUCCAAACACAGAAACAUGUCGUUUAUUAAAGAGGAGACUGAAGACUUCAGGAUUGAAGAAGUAUUCAGUCUCAAACAAGAAGAUUUAGAGGAACAAACAGUACUAGACCUGACAGCAAUUAAAGAGGAGAAUGAAGUUCUGAAUGAAAUGGAAGAGAAAGAUCAGUAUGAGAACCAUCAUGAUUUCAUGACUGAAGAAAAGUCUUUCAAUUUCUCACAGACUAAAAAAGCUUCCUCACGGAAAAGAGUUAAAAAAGCAAUAGGAACUAGAAGUUGUUUAACCUGCUUUCAGUGUGGAAAGAGUUUCACUCAACAUGGAAACCUUAAAGCCCACAUGAGAAUUCACACUGGAGAAAGCCCUUUUACCUGCCAACAGUGUGGGAAAAGUUUCAACCGAAAAGUAAACCUCAAUUACCAUAUGAGAGUACACACUGGAGAAAGCCCUUUCACCUGUCAGCAGUGUGGAUUAAGUUUCACUCAAAAAGUGGUUCUCAAUAGGCACAUGAGAAUACACGCUGGAGAGAAGCCAUACAAGUGCCUGCAGGGUGGAAAAUGUUUUGAUCGACAUGGAAAUUUUAAAACCCACAUGAAAAUUCAUAGAGAAGAAAACCGUUUUACCUGCCAGCAGUGUGGAAAAAGCUUUAAUCAAAAAACAAACCUUAACAGGCACAUGAGAAUUCACACUGGAGAGAAGCCUUACACAUGCCCUCAGUGUGGAAAGAGUUUCAAUCAACAUGUAAACCUUAAAGUUCACAUGAAGAUUCACACUAGGGAAAAUCCUUUCACCUGCCAACAGUGUGGAGUAAGUUUCACUCAGGAAGGUAUUCUCAAUAGGCACAUGAGAAUUCACACUGGAGAGAAGCCUUAUACAUGCCCUCAGUGUGGAAAGAGCUUUGAUCAAAAUGGAAAGCUCGAAAAUCUUGUCUCAGCUAUGUCUGCGUUGCUCAUCCGUUUGACUCUACAUCAGUUCCGCUGCAUGAUUCGUGUGGACAGGACUUUUAUUUUGAGUGUACAAACAGAGAAAAUGGCGAUUAUUAAAGAGGAGAGUGAAGACUUCAGGAUUGAAGAAGUGUUCAGUCUCAAACAAGAAGAUGCCGAGGAACAAACAGACCUGACAUCAUUUAAAGAGAAUGAAGUACUGAAUGAAAUGGAAGAGAAAGAACAGUAUGAGAGCCAUCAUGAUUUCAUGACUGAAGAAAAACCUUUUAAUUGCUCACAGACUAAAAAUACUUCCUUACGAAAAAGAGUGAUAGGAACUAGAAGUUGUUUACCCUGCUUUCAGUGUGGAAAGAUUUUCACUCAACAUAGAAACCUCAAAACUCACAUGAGAAUUCACACUGGAGAGAAGUCUUUCACCUGCCAACAGUGUGGAAAGAGUUUUUAUCAACAAGGAAACCUCAAGGUCCACAUGCGAAUUCACACUGGAGAGAAGCCUUACACAUGCCCUCAGUGUGGAAAGGGUUUUCAUCAACAUAGAAACCUUAAACUCCACAUGAAAGUUCAUACAGGAGAAAGGCCUUUUACUUGUCAACAGUGUGGAUUAAGUUUUACUCAAAAAGGAAGCCUUAACAGGCACAUGAGAAUUCACACUGGAGAGAAACCUUACUCAUGCCCUCAGUGUGGAAAACGUUUCAAACGAAAAGGAAACCUUGAUUACCACAUGAUAGUACACACCGGAGAAAGCCCUUUCACUUGCCAGCAGUGUGGAUUAAGUUUUACUCAAAAAGGAAGCCUUAACAGGCACAUGAGAAUUCACACUGGAGAGAAACCUUACUCAUGCCCUCAGUGUGGAAAGUGUUUUGAUCAGCAUGGAAAUCUUAAAGUCCACAUGAGAAUUCACACUGGAGAGAAACCAUACACGUGCUCACAGUGUGGAAAAAGUUUUGAUCAAGGAAACUUUAAAAUUCAUAUGAAAAUUCAUACAGGAGAAAGGCCUUUUACUUGUCAACAGUGUGGAAAAAGUUUCAGCCGAAAAGGAAGCCUUAAGUACCACAUGAGAAUUCACACUGGGGAGAAGCCUUACACAUGCCCUCAGUGUGGAAAGGGUUUUCAUCAACAUGGAAACCUUAAACUCCACAUGAAAGUUCAUACAGGAGAAAGGCCUUUUACUUGUCAACAGUGUGGAAAAAGUUUCAGCCACAAAGGAAGCCUUAAGUACCACAUGAGAAUUCACACUAGGGAAAAGCCUUACACAUGCCAUCAGUGUGGAAAAAGUUUUGAUCAAAAUGAAAAGCUUAAUGUACACAUGAGAAUUCACGCUGGAGAAAACCCUUUCACCAGCCAACAGUGUGGAGUAAGUUUCACUCAAAAAGGGAUUCUCAAUAGGCACAUGAAAAUUCACACCGGGGAGAAGCCUUACACAUGCCCUCAGUGUGGAAAGGGUUUUCAUCAGCAUAGAAACCUUAAACUCCACACGAAAGUUCAUACAGGAGAAAGGCCUUUUACCUGCCAACAGUGUGGAAAAUGUUUCAAACGAAAAGGAAACCUUGAUUACCACAUGAUAGUUCACACUGGAGAAAGCCCUUUCCCUUGCCAGCAGUGUGGAUUAAGUUUUACUCAAAAAGGAAGCCUUAACAGGCACAUGAGAAUUCACACUGGAGAGAAACCUUACUCAUGCCCUCAGUGUGGGAAAAGUUUUGAUCAGCAUGGAAAUCUUAAAGUCCACAUGAGAAUUCACACUGGAGAGAAACCAUACGCGUGCUCACAGUGUGGAAAAAGUUUUGAUCAGCAAGGAAACUUUAAAAUUCAUAUGAAAAUUCAUACAGGAGAAAAGCCUUUUACCUGUCAACAGUGUGGAAAAAGUUUCAACCGAAAAGGAAGCCUUAAGUACCACAUGAGAAUUCACGCUGGAGAAGACCCUUUCACCAGCCAACAGUGUGGAGUAAGUUUCACUAAAAUAGGGAUUCUCAAUAGGCACAUGAAAAUUCACACCGGGGAGAAGCCUUACACAUGCCCUCAGUGUGGAAAGGGUUUUCAUCAACAUAGAAACCUUAAACUCCACAUGAAAGUUCAUACAGGAGAAAGGCCUUUUACCUGCCAACAGUGUGGAAAACAUUUCAAACGAAAAGGAAACCUUGAUUACCACAUGAUAGUACACACUGGAAAAAGUCCUUUCACCUGUCAGCAGUGUGGAGUAAGUUUUACUCAAAAAGGAAGCCUUAACAGGCACAUGAGAAUACACGCUGGAGAGAAGCCAUUCACCUGCCAACAGUGUGGAAAGGGUUUUCAUCAACAUGGAAACCUUAAAGUCCACAUGAAAAUUCAUACAGGAGAAAGCCCUUUUACCUGUCAACAGUGUGGAAAAAGUUUCAAUCAAAAAACAAAUCUUAAAAGGCACAUGAAAAUUCACUCUGGGGAGAAGCCUUACACAUGCCCUCAGUGUGGAAAGGGUUUUCAUCAACAUAGAAACCUUAAACUCCACAUGAAAGUUCAUACAGGAGAAAGGCCUUUUACCUGCCAACAAUGUGGAAAACGUUUCACUCAGAAAGGAAGCCUAAACAGGCACAUGAGAAUUCACACUGGAGAAAAGCCUUACAAGUCCCCUUAGUGUGAAAAGAGUUUUGAUCAACGUGGAAACCUUAAAGUCCAUGUGAGAGCUCAUACUGGAGAGAGCCUUUCAACUGUCAACAGUGUGGAAAAUGUUUCAACCGAAAGGGAAAUCUUGAUUGCCACAUGAGAAUUCACACUGGAGAAAGAGUUUAAGUCAACAUAAAAACCUUAAAGUUCUGAUGAGAAGUCAUACUGGAGAGACCCUUUACCUGCCAUCAGUGUGGAAGUUUCGGCAGAAGUUAACUUUGAAAAUGAAUCCAUUUUUGGCUCAUGAGAAUUCAGUACAAAAAUAAGCCAUUUACAUGUGAUCAGUGUGGAGUUUCAGAUAAAUCUUACCCUUAAGCUCAAUCCUUGAGGAUUCAGUCAAGAGAGAAAGUCAUCAAAGUGGUAGGAGUUUCACAGACAGGAAACACUUUGGAGUCAUGUGAUUAAUCUCAUCUGAGAGAAGUCUUGCAUUUCAUAUCACUGCAGACUUGCAGAAACUAAGCAAACCUUGAGGUUCACACUGGAGAUUUCACUUGCCCCCAGUGUGGGAAGAGUUUCAACCUAAAAAGAAACGCUAACGUUCACAUGAGACUUAACACCGAUGAAAGGUAUUUCAAAUGUCUUCAGUUUGAAUAGUUAUAUCAAGAGCUUAUAUAUAGCUUAUAUUGAGAGACCUGAAAUGUGGAGUGCUACUCAGUGUGGCAAAAGGUUUACAACAACGAGCAAUUUCAGUAAUCAGUUAUGCAUUCAUUCUGGAGGAAGACAAUUUAAGUUGUGCAAAUGUGAGACCCUAUCUGUGUUCUGAUGUCAUUACUCAUGAAAAUACACAUUGUUAAGUUUUAUAUUUAAAAAUGUGUUUUCACUAGUUGUUACACCCCAAGUAUGGGACCAGCUUAAGACUUGCAAAAAGAAAAAAAAAUGUUGCAAUGGCCGGGGAGAAAUAUAAAUAAUAUUUAUAUUUUUAUUGCCAUACUAUGUAUUUACAGUUGCAAUCAGAAAUAUUCAACCCCUCACCUCAAAAGGCAUUAUAGUGAUAUCAGAAUGAGCUUUAUAGCCAGGUAUGUUUACACAUACAAGGAAUUAGUUUUAGUGACAGAAGCUCCACAGUGCAACAGAAAGACAGCGACAAGACUAGACACAGAUAAUAAAAAGAAUAAUAUACAAAAUGGCAAAAUUGAAAAAAUUUUAUGUACAAGGAUGUUAUGUGCAAAUUUGAAAUGUCAAGUCAAGUUUACUCAUUGAAAGAUUCAUUAGUGAUGAAAUAAUUACUUUAUAAUUGUAUUUGAGUCUUACACACAUGCUAUACAGUUAAUCUGAGUCGUGCAUUAAUUUGAGUGGUGACAGAUAUUAUGGGAGGGGCUUGAUGGAGCGCAGGUGAUGCAGAUAACUUGAUCUCUAAGAAACUCUAAUGUCAUGAUUCUGCUUCAAAGAUCAAAUUAAAUGAAUUGCUAAUUACCACAUUGAAAUAAAAAUGUAAAGCCUGUACAAAUACUAGAAAUCAUGAGUAUAAAUAAUUGGGAAUCAUGUAUGAAUCAUGAAUUACAAAUAAAUUAAAAACUGCACAUUUAAUUUAUCUAUUAGCUUAUAACAUUUAUGUAGUUUUAUUUGCUUACUGUCUUGCCACUAGCCAAUCGCUGCAUUGCUGAUCGCGGUUUCGAGUAUCGAUACAUCUGCCCUUUUCGGGGAACACGAGAAUGCGAAGUAAUCUUAGACAGCUUAAUCCAGAUAUUUUAAUCUAAUACGCAAAUUCGUUUGAAGAAAACUAGGUUUUCAUUAAAUUAUUAUUCUAUAACAUCUUGUCUGUCAUCUCUGAAAAAUAGCGAUUUACAGGUGCUGGUCAUAUAAUUAGAAUAUCAUCAAAAAGUUGAUUUAUUUCACUAAUUCCAUUCAAAAAGUGAAACUUGUAUAUUAUAUUCAUUCAUUACACACAGACUGAUAUAUUUCAAAUGUUUAUUUCUUUUAAUUUUGAUGAUUAGAGCUUACAGCUCAUGAAAGUCAAAAAUCAGUAUCUCAAAAUAUUAGAAUAUUACUUAAGACCAAUACAAAGAAAGGAUUUUUAGAAAUCUUGGCCAACUGAAAAGUAUGAGCAUGUACAGCACUCAAUACUUAGUUGGGGCUCCUUUUGCCUGAAUUACUGCAGCAAUGCGGCGUGGCAUGGAGUCGAUCAGUCUGUGGCACUGCUCAGGUGUUAUGAGAGCCCAGGUUGCUCUGAUAGUGGCCUUCAGCUCAUCUGCAUUGUUGGGUCUGGUGUCUCUCAUCUUCCUCUUGACAAUACCCCAUAGAUUCUCUAUGGGGUUCAGGUCAGGCGAGUUUGCUGGCCAAUCAAGCACAGUAUCACUGUCAUUGAACCAGCUUUUGGUACCUUUGGCAGUGUGGGCAGGUGCCAAGUCCUGCUGGAAAAUGAAAUAAACUAUACAAGUUUCACUUUUUGAAUGGAAUUAGUGAAAUAAAUCAACUUUUUGAUGAUAUUCUAAUUAUAUGACCAGCACCUGUAUUGCAGCAAGCAGAAAAGACUCUUUCUCUUAUGUGAAGAACGUGCUGCGGAGGUGCUUUCUCUUAACACCACAAAAACAGUUAACCUAUCAAAAUAAACCACGUAGCAUAUAUAAUAAAGCUGUAUCAAUGCACAUUUCCUGCCAGUCCUGUGUAAACUGGCAUGCAAAGUUUUUUUAUUUAUUUAUUUUGUAAUAUCGUCAGAUGGCGGAACGCAAGAAAACAAUGCUGCUCACUUAAACGAUCUUGCUCAUCUCAAUCUGCUCAAUCUUGGUGAUGUCUUUGCCCUAAACGAUGUUAUAAUGGACUAUUUCACAUCCAGAGAUGAAGGAUCGGAUGAUGAAGUUACUAAAGAGGAGGAGUCUGAUGACAGUCUGUUAUAUGCACAGGUGCGCUGCGCUCACUACAAUGUACGCUAUUCGUGCUAUCGAAACAUACAAGGGGUGAUCAAAAGUUCAGAGACCAAACAACGGAAAACUGUCCUCUUCAGUCUGUUUGUGUAAUGAUGCAUAAUAGCGCUCAUUCUUAAAAGGCCCCCUGCACCAUUUUCAUAUUACUAUGCAUUACUUUCAUUUAGUUCAAAUGGUGACAGCAUGAAAUAAAACUACAAGUUUAGAACACAAAACUACAAGUUACAUCCCUGAACUGUGUCUGGGUAUGUAUUAAGUCCAGAUUAGAACAGGAGAAGAAUUGGAGAGCCUACACGCUGUAAUUUGUGAUGUUUUAUGAACAGAUUUAUAGCUUACACUUAAUGUUCAAAUGUAUGCAAGUGUUCUGUGUUCCUUGGGGUCAUUUUGUAACUUUUACAUCAUGUACAGUGACUAAAAUAAGUCUUUUACCUGUGAUACUUGUGACUGUUGUUUUUUAUUUUCAUUGCCUCACUUUAAACCCGUUUUUCUCAAAAUUCCAUUCCUGAAAAUCAUAGCUAUCAGCCAACUUCAGAUAGCCAUACAUUUUGAUACAUUCAAGUUAUAGACAAAAUAACUCAGGUUUCAUAUGGUAUCAAAACCUAAAAAAGGUCCAAUUUGACCAUGUGGGAUCUUUCCUAGAUCGCAUCACAUAUAUGCAGCUGAACAAGGCCGGUUCCAGACAUUAGGAGUCUAGACAAAACCAACAAAAUUCAUGUUGGAGGCCCUCUACCCCCAAUAAAAAGCACUUGAAACAAAUAUGAUCCCUAACCUUUUUGUUUAUACAACAUUUGAUUUUAAAUCUUGCAUAUUUUUACUUAGCCUAUACAGUACAAAAGUUUGGACCCAUUACUGUUUUUGAAAGAAGUCUCUUAUGCUCAUCAAGCCUGGAUUUAUUUGAUCAAAAAUACAGAAAAAAACCCCCAAUAAUAUUUAGAAAUAUUAUUACAAUUUAAAAUAAUGGUUUUCUAUUUUAACUAUACUUUAAAAUAUAUUUCUGUGAUCAAAGCUGAAUUUUCAUCAGCCAUUACCAGGCUUCAGUGUCACAUAUCCUACUUAAAUCAUUCUAAUAUGCCAAUUUAUUAUCAAUGUUAGAAACAGUGCUUAAUGUUUAUUUUAUAACCUGUGAUACUUUUUUCAGGAUUUGUUGAUUAUUAAGAAGUUGCUAUAAGUUUGAUAGUGUUCAUCGUCUGUUUGAUUACAUGACAUUAACUAACUGCUUGAUUUUUACCGUACAUUUCUGUCAUAUGUACAUCAACUUGAGAUAGUCACCACUGAUAAGCUAUUACUAAAUAUAAUGUAGAAACUUUCAUUUUCUGCAAAGCUACUUUGCAACAAUUUGCAUUGUGAAAAGCGCUAUACAAAUAAACUUGAAUUGAAUUGAACAUAUGCACGAUUACUUCCUGAUUUUAGGUAAGCCAGCUCAGUCAUUUCCGGUCAACUGUACUGUGCCGAAAGGGGAACUUCCUUUGCUCGGUUUCUUUACAUAAUCCAUUAACAAUUUGGAGAACAUUUUUAUUUGUCUAAGAGGACCAAAUAUCCACGUAUACUGUUUCAGGAAUGACAAAAGCAAAUGUUAAAUUUGAAUGAAUCAUCUGACGAGCCGAUGUCAAAAUAGAGCUGUGCAUUAAGCUGUUAAACUGUCAAACUUUGAUUCUGCACAAGAGAGGGCUAUUAAAGACACUCCGUUGUUAUUUUGUUCAUGUAUUUACACACGUGUUCCGUCUAACUGUUAUAUAAACUAAAUAUCACACUUGUAGAUGUGAGAUAUAUAUAUAUAUAUAAGGCUGCGAAAAUGCAAGUGCAAGACUAAAUUGACAGUUGGAUUAAUAUCACUCAACAGCCAUAUUUUGUUUAUUUUUUUGUUUUCUGAGUUCAGCUGUCUUUUCAAACUAAACUGUUCCAGGACUAUCACUGCUAAGCAAGUGAAACAAUACAGAAUAAUAAUUGGCUUUUGUUUUGUUAUAUUUAUUGUUGGAUUAAUAUCACUCUACAGCCAUAUUCUGUUAAAUGUUUUCUUUUCUGAGUUUGGCUGACUUUUCGACCUAAAAUGGUCCUGUGGUCCACUACAGUGGAGAUGCUGUAAAAUUAAAAUUUAAAAUAAAAUUUAAAAACUCUACAUUGUAGAAUGUUUUUUUUUAACCCAAAAGAAGUAGGAAAUCACACAAAACAAAAAUAUUGAUGACACU